AUGUCGGUAAUUAUAGUGGGACUGGACUUGUCAUCUAAUCUCCCCAUCAUCUUAUCUUCAACCUUCGACCUAGCCGCCGAAAUGGACACCUUCGAUUUAGACUGCUUUGAUGUUGAUCUUGCUGCUGAGGCGAUCGGGUCGUCGGCCACCACAAUUCUUUCGAUCAUUACCAAGUUGCGGAAAGAGGCUCGACCCGCGACGUUCUACGUCAAGUUCACAAAUGUACCUCCUCAAGUUUCCGAUAAAGAGCUCUCGAAAGGAUGCCGGCAGAUGUUUAAUCCUGAGAAUCGAACACUGAUCGUCACUGUGCCGAGCGUACAACAUGAGGCCGCUGCCGGAAACUUCAGCCGAUUUUUCACCCAGACAACGAUCGCCGCUAAUAUACCGAUCCGCGAGUUCUCAUCCUGUGGAUCAACGCGGGUAAAGGGGAUUUGUUGCUCGAAAGAGCCAGAUGGCUCAUUCUAUGUCACUAAUUUCCCUUCAACAGGUGGUAAACAAUGGCCAACAGUUGUGGUCGAAGUUGGGCUAUCGGAAUCUAAAAGAAAGCCCCGGGCCGACGCUGCCUGGUGGAUCGCCAAUAGCAAGGGGGAGGUGAAUGUUGUGAUUACGAUAUCAAUCAGCAAGUCAAUCGCAAAAGUGGUCUUUGAAGCCAUUGUGCUUAUUCACCCAACCCCGAUGUUACGCAGCGGUCCCCGGUAUCAGUCAACAGUUCGGCAGUCAAUUGUCCUCUCCCGGCCACUAGGUGGCCAAAAUAAGCCGAUUUCUACCACCCCUCAAACCCCACUAAGGAUUUCAUGCCAAGAACUUCUUCGUCGUUCGGCUGUACCCCCGGAGACCGAUCCGGACAUUCCAGUCCAGACUUUGGAGGAUAUUGCGUGGUUUAUAUGGAAGUUCCAAGAUGUGUAG